AUGGCGAGUAGCAUGUUCUCAGUUCAUGCAAAGAUAAAGCCAUUGGUUGACAAAUGUUUGAAAUUAGAAGAUGAAGACUUGGAGGUCCAGAAUGUGGCGACGAAGGUAGAAAAAGAAGAGGAGAUAAAAGAGAAGGAGGUCACUUGUGACUGCAAAAAGAAGUUAGAAGAAGAUGCAUCUAGUAGGGUGGAAGAAUUAAUUCAGAAGAAUGUUGAAGAAAGGCUAAACUCUAAAGAGAUUAAAUUAGAAAUACAGAGGCGAAUAAAGGAAGGUCGCAAGAAGUUGUAUGAUGAUGUUGAUAUGCAGCUUGAGAAAGAAAAAGAAGCCGCUACAAGACAAAAAGAAGAACAAGCACGGAAAGAGAGAGAAGAGCUAGAUAAAAUGCUGGAAGAGAAUAGGAGAAGAGUAGAAAAAGCUAAGCGACGAUUAGCUCUAGAGUUGCAGUGGAAGGAAGAAAAACUAUAUCGUGAGCUCGCGUUGGUUCAGAGACAAAAAGAGCAAGCAGCUCGGAGAACUAAUUUAGAUGAUAAGAGUUUGAGUUAUGAUAUAGAAGCCGCAGAUGAAAAUACUAUAGAGGAAAAUAUUUCCUCUGUCUCUUUGGCUGAAGCAAGCUCUCCUAGCUCGAAUAAGGCGAGGAAUAAGAGACCACCAGUCUGA